ACUCGUAUAAGUUAGGCAUAGUUUCGUAAAAAACAAAACAAACUAAAUGAUUAAAUCUAAUUGGACUAUAAUAACUUGAAAAUCGUGCGUAGGUAAAUUAUUUUCUAGCCAUUUUGUUACAAAAAAAAAUUAAAAUAUUUUUACAAAUGCAGUUAAUGGUUUUAUUUUGAAGGUGGGUAGAAAAUGAACCUGUCCAAUCAAUACAACCAAAUCCCGGAAGGAAGUGUCACCCCUGCAGGACAGUUAUUGCAAAAAUAUGAGAAGUACUUCCUUAUAAUUCAGUACAUGUGUUUGCUCGUUCAUAUGCUCUUUUACUAAAACUACAAGGCGCAACUUCGCAGAAAGGCAGGAGAGUUUAAGAUGGGAUACAUGACAGUAGAGGAGCACAGCUCCACCCGGCUCCACCUGAAGAGAUCCCCGGGCAUUCGUUCCUGGUCUCUUCUUGUCGGCAUCGCGUCUGUUGGGUUGGCCGCUGCGUACUACAGCUCAGACAGCCUCCUGUGGAAGCUUUUCUAUGUGGCCGGCUGUCUGUUUGUAGCCAUGCAGAACAUGGAGGAAUGGGAGGAGGCCGUGUUUGACAAAACCAAGGACCUGAUUGAACUCAAGACCUUUAGCCUGUACGCCUUGGUCCUGACCUUGUGGAGGAAGGGGCAAGAGAAAGUUGUGUUGGAUCUGACACAGCUGUGUGACAUCUGCAUCAAGGAAGAGAAGGUUCGCUAUUUGGGGAAGGGCUACCUGCUGAUGCUGCGGCUGGCUGCUGGCUUCUCCUACCCCCUGACUCAGAGUGCCACGCUGGGGGGACGCAAUGAUGUGGAGUUGGUGGCUGCAUUGCUGAAGCGCUUCCUGGGCCUGGAGGAGUUGCAGCAGAGCAGGCAGCAGGAGGAAGAGGCACAGCACGGAGAGGAGGAGGAUUCUUUGGACAGCAGCAGUGAUUCAGAUGGUGAAGCCGACAAACUCUGAUUCCUCUGUGACCUUUAACGCUGCUGCAACUUUGUGUGGAUUUAUGUUGGGGCGAUAUGGCUUUGCUAUGGCAUUACAGAGGGUGAGGUGAUACCCUCAAUACAUGUUACACUGUUCACAAUUGCAUGAAACAUUGCUUUUUUCAGUUCCUCCUCACAGACUUCUUUCCUCAGGGGACCAGUGAAAUAUUUAUUACUUUUAUUUUUAAGUAAACUGGGAUGGAAAUAUAACAAUGUUUUUUUUUUUUUUCAACCAAAUGCCAAGACUCUCAUUAUACUUUCUCUAUACUUUCUCUUUUGAUCUAAUUACUAUUUUGAAAUACACUCCAGAUUACAGUUUUGUUGUGCCUUCCUGAUGAACUUUAAUAUGUGUUUAUGUGUAAGUCAAUGGAAAGUGCUUUUCCCAGUUUCCUGGACCUGUGGGAAACCACCCGGUUAAUAAUUACCUAACUACCUUCGUGUUUAUUCAUACCCAGUCCGCAAUCCGGAGGAACUCAUGUGCAAACUGUAAUCGGGCAUGACUGAUUCUUGUGGCUCAAUUCAAGAGUUGAUUAUAAGAGAAAAGCUUCAGCUUGUUGUUGUUUUGUCUUUCAAUGUUUAUGUACUUUUUGUGGACCAAAGACUCCGGCAAACACUUACUUGGUACUUUGGACAAACGUCAUUAAAGUGUAUAGAAUCACAGCAGUUUAAAUGGCAGAUGGUGAAUGUCUGUGUGCUCUGCUGGAAAGAAAAUGAGAAUCCUUUUUGUUGGUUAAUUUUAUUGUCUGUGUUUACUUUGAUGCAUUUGGAGGAAUUAUAUAAAAUUACUAGAACUGCAAACCCAAA